AUGAGUAACUCACUACGACCAUACCUACAAUGUGUUCGAUCUACAUUGACGGCAGCAUUAACGUUGGACAAUUUUGCAUCACAAAAUGUGGAAAGACAUAAUAAACCUGAAGUUGAAUCGGCAGCAUCAAAAGAAGUUUUACUAACACCGGUAAUAAUUUCAAGAAAUGAAAAUGAAAGAGUUUUAAUUGAAAGUAGUGUGAAUAGCGUUCGUCUUUCUAUCAAAAUCAAACAAGCCGAUGAAAUCGAACGUAUCCUUGCACAUAAAUUCACAAGAUUUUUAAUGCAACGUGCAGAAGCUUUUGUUAUCCUAAGAAGGAAACCGGUAAAAGGAUACGAUAUCUCAUUCUUGAUUACAAAUUUCCAUAGUGAAACAAUGUUGAAACAUAAAUUGGUCGAUUUCAUUAUCCAGUUCAUGGAAGAGGUCGAUAAGGAGAUCUCAGAGAUGAAACUUUCGCUCAAUGCGCGGGCCCGUAUCGUAGCAGAAAGCUAUCUAGGAACGUUCGCAUGA